ACAUCCUGUUAAAGGACAUAUUUUAUUAUGUUACUACAGACAGGAUUUUCCGUCCUACUUCUUGUUAUUGUAGCAUUUCAGGUUGCUCUUUGUGAAGUUGUGGUCACCACGAAGUAUGGAAAAAUUCGGGGCGUCGCCAGCAACAAAAUUAAAGCGUUUCUGGGAGUUCCCUACGCGGCCCCACCAGUAGGCAAACUAAGAUGGAAGAACCCAGUUUCUGUUUCGAAGUGGUCGCCCAAAGUUUACGAUGCCACGAAGGUGAAACCAGGAUGUCCCCAGAAAGGCUGUGAGACGAUGAAUCCGGUCCUUGUCUGUCCUGUACAGACAGCAGAGGACUGUCUCUAUCUUUACAUAUGGACGCCAUUAAGUGCUAAUGCAACUACGUCAUUUCCUGUCAUGGUGUACAUCCAUGGUGGAAACUUUGUUCACAUGAGUGCAGAUUCGUUGCUAUUUAAUGCCGAGGAACUUGCAUACAGAGGGCAAGUUAUUGUGGUAACCAUGGAUUACAGACUAGGGGCUUUGGGAUUCCUUCUAACACAGGACAGACGAGCCAGUAGUAAUUACGCUAUCCUGGAUCAGAGACAGGCCAUGAAGUGGGUCAAGGACAACAUACGGGCAUUUGGUGGAAAUCCUAACAUGGUGACCUUGUUCGGGCAGAGUGCGGGAGCACAGUCCACUGUCGCCCACUUAUUGACCAAGGAGAGUAGUCAAUACUUCCAAAGGGCCAUUGUUGAGAGUGCUCCGUUGAGUAUUCCAUUCAAGACAGAGGAGGAGAUGAUUUUCAUCAGUAAUAUGUUAUUUGAUCAAUUAAAGUGCUCCCCGAAAGACCUGGAUUGCCUGAACAAAUACAGUGCUGAUGAGAUUGCGGAAGCUCAAUUACAAAUACGUAAAUAUCCAUCCUCAUUAAAACUUCUGGAAUUUUUUGAGCCAUGGGUCCCGUAUGUUGACGGUGUAAUAAUACCAUCGCAGCCUUUGGAAGCAUUUCGAAAGGGACUUGUCAUAAAUAAACCAUUAAUGAUGGGGACAGUAAGUGAGGAAACUCGGAUAUUUAUUUAUGAGGCGUACAAUAAAUCUUUGCCAGCCCUGGAAUAUAGCCUUGCACUUUCUCUGACGUUCCCUAAGAAAGCUUUGGAUGUAUUACAGAUGUAUCCUCCUACUGUCGAACCAGAUCAGAGGGAUGGGCUACAAAUUCCGGCCACCGAUUUCAUCUUCACUUGUUGUACCAGAAACUUCACACGAAACGUCUUGAAACAAAAUGGCGGCCUCGUCUGGACGUACGUGUAUGAUCAUGCGUUCUCCUUCCCUGGAUGGGGUAAAUUUACUUUCUGUGAAGGACAUGUUUGCCACGGCUCAGAAAUUCCAUUUGUUUUUCAGUCCAGUAAACUUGGGAAUUUCACAAUAACACCAGACGAAGUAAAGCUGUCAAAUUCAUUGAUAGCGUACUGGUCAAACUUUGCCAAAACAGGAAACCCUAACCGGGGAGCGCCGGUGACUCUACAAUGGCCGAUUUAUGAACCCAGCUCACUGUGGCCUCAGAUGUAUUUUGCCACACCAUCGAAUUCUGUGAAAAGCUCUUACCGCAAAGAAUUUUGCGACUUCUGGGAUUCUUUAGGCUAUAAUCCUUUAGGAUAAUAUAGUAUAAAAGUUCUUUGAUUCCUUGAAAAGGCGGAUGGGACUUCAACACCAUAGUUUUACACGUG